UUUUUGUUUGAAAUUAACAUAGCUAAUUUGCUAGUGCUUAAUUUCGAUUUUUUCAAAUGCAUUACAAAAUUCCUAAAAUAAGAAGUUAGAUGCUUACGCUGUAAUAAAUAUUUUCGUUUCGUUGCAUUGUGAUUUAACACCGUAUGCGGAUUAUUCAACAUCGUAGUAGCGAGUUUUAUUGAUUCAACAUUCAUGUUUGUUUGUAUCCGUCUCACUCACAGGUUGCCUCGCUCGCUGCGUGCUACGUGCCCCCCUAUUACAUCGUUUGUAAUACCAGGGUGGGCGAUCGAUCAUUAAGCACUUUUCUAACAAUUGGACGUUCUAGAAGCAUAUUGUGUUUAGCGCUCGCUGCGGUAGCCGCAUUCAUUUGUUUGUGUAACUUGUACUCAGUUUUUCAUUCCAUACUUUGUGUGUGUAAAAGAACUAAACCAUAAUGAAGAACAUUAUUAUUUUUGUGUUAUUGUUAUUUGCAACUAUUAACAUCGACGCUAGAAAAAUGUCUUCUAGAGGUCGGAGUUCAUCGAAAAGCACUUCGAGUAGAUCGAGGUCAAACGCACAUCCGUCGCCGGCUUCGCUAAGUUACCCUCAACCUUCAGUCGCUAAGCCUGCAUUAUUCGGAUGGCAAGAAAAACCAUCACGAACUGCUCAGAAGCCUUCUAAUAAACAAAGCCACUCUUAUCCGUCGAGUCGCACCGGCCUUUCGGGGAGUAAUGCACCUAAACAACCACCUCCUUAUCAAGAAAGUAUACAAAGAAGCAACGCACCUGCUCCAGUUUUACAAGCACCACAAAGAAAUCCGGCGCAGUCACAGGGUCAAAAUGGUCACUCGUAUCCCAAUUCAAAUGGAUUAUCAGGUAAUUCGAAACCUGGAGGGUUAUCCGGUGCUGGUGCUGGUGCCGGCUACCCUCCGCAGCAAAGUGCCGGUGGUACUUCCGGAAUUGGAUAUCCUCAGCAUGGGACAGGCUAUUCCGGAUCUAAUGGGGUACCACCUCCUUACAGUCCAGCAAAUGUUAAUCGGCCAUAUAACGCCGGCAAUCAAGCUAAUAAUUUUGGAAAUGGAUAUCAACAUCCACAAGGACCUCCACCUCCUUAUUCCAGUUUCCCACAGAGUUAUGGCGGAUUUGGUGGUCAUGGGUAUAAUCCUGGUUAUGGUCAACAAAUGCCAGGUUACUUUGGUAACUAUGCAAAUAAUGGAAAAAGUUUCGGUGGCAUGAGUAAAACAGGUUCUGCACUCACGGGCGUUGGUAUUGCAGGCGCUGGAGUCGGUACUAUACUAACCGGUUUAGCAUUAUGGAAUCUAGCUAGAUCAACUGGUCAUCAUCAUCAUACUGUUAUUUAUGACAACAGAGGUCAACCAGUAGCCGUAGCUCCUGGUAACAGUACGGAACCUGUAGUAGAUCCCAUAUUGGGCGAUUUAGUUAACUGUACUCUUACGAUAAGUAAUGAGAACGCCACUGAAGUUUUGGCCAUUCCUUGUGCAAUAGCUACUUCAUUCACACCGGAUGCCGAUAUAAAAGAUGAUGACAUAAACAAAAACACCAGUGAUAACACGAAAUGUACUGUUACCGUGGUUACCAAAGCUGGCAAAGAAUUCAUGACUACUAUACCUUGUUCUAUUUUACUAAGUACUGCCGCAAGUAACAAUGUGACUGAACCACCAAUACAAGUCAAUAAUACCGAGGUUGAUGCCGGAACAUCAAAACCAAUAGAAAAUAUUCUUGUAAGUCAACCAGAAGCUCUAACACUUACUGAAACAGUUGAAUAUAAUGCUACUUUAAAUUGUACCCCGGAAAUUGGUGACGUCAGAGAUCCUAUUAAUCCUUGCCUUAGUGCGACAAGCAAUUUAACUGUAAUUCCGCUCUCUACAACUGACAAAUCAAAAGAAAUAAACCAUUAAUAAAGUAAAGAUUAUUGUAAGAUACAUAUUUAGCGAAUCGCUUUUAAAAGUGGUUUAAAACAAUGUAAUUUUGCUCAGUAAUGCUAUGCUACACUAUGUAAAUAUCAAUAAAUAUUAUCUAUAAUAAUAAAAGAGAUUUUUUGGUCUUUAAAUUGUAUUGUAAACAUAUAUUAAAAAUGAAAUAAGGUCUAACAUAUAGACAAGUUAACCUGGUCAAAUAAUUAUUUCAUUAUCAUCAUCAUCAUCAUCAUCACUAUAAGUCCCCACUGAGUAGCAUAUUAAGGAAGUAUUAGAGGCAAUUAUAGGCUUAUAGUACA